UCUAGGUGUUUCAAAUGCAUCCUGUGCUUGCACCAGAAACCUGUCACUGAUUUUUCGGAGCCUAAGCGGUUAACGUUAGAAAUUGUGCUGCAAAUACAUUGAUCAGUAUGCGAGACAGUUGUCGCGGCUGAAUCAUGGUCCACAGUCAAGGUAAACAGAUCUGGGGACGACGUGCUCUGAGCAGAAUACAAAUGGAGCGCGUUUCCGCCCAGAGGUCCCUGGCAUUCCUGCUGCACGGGCCGCAGACCCUGCCGGGAGGUGCCGGUCGCAGGGAGGAAAGGUCCCUGUGAAACCUCCGGGACAAGAAAUGGCCUCGGACAUCCCCGGCUCGGUGUCGCUGCCCGUGGCGCCCAUGGCGGCCUCCGGACAGGUGCGGAUGGCGGGGGCCCUGCCCGCCCGCGGAGGGAAGCGGCGUUCUGGAAUGGACUUCGACGACGAAGACGGGGAAGGUCCCAGCAAAUUCUCAAGAGAGAACCACAGUGAGAUCGAGCGGCGCCGGCGGAACAAGAUGACCCAGUACAUCACGGAGCUGUCGGACAUGGUGCCCACCUGCAGUGCGCUGGCCCGCAAGCCCGACAAGCUGACCAUCCUGCGCAUGGCGGUGUCGCACAUGAAGUCCAUGCGGGGCACCGGCAACAAGUCCACGGACGGCGCCUACAAGCCCUCCUUCCUCACCGAGCAGGAGCUGAAGCAUCUCAUCCUGGAGGCGGCCGACGGGUUCCUGUUCGUGGUGGCGGCCGAGACAGGGCGUGUGAUUUACGUGUCCGACUCGGUCACCCCCGUGCUGAACCAGCCGCAGUCGGAGUGGUUCGGGAGCACCCUGUACGAGCAGGUGCACCCCGACGACGUGGAGAAGCUGAGGGAGCAGCUGUGCACCUCCGAGAACUCCAUGACAGGCCGCAUCCUGGACCUGAAGACGGGGACAGUCAAGAAGGAGGGGCAGCAGUCGUCCAUGCGCAUGUGCAUGGGCUCCCGGAGGUCCUUCAUCUGCAGGAUGAGGUGCGGGAACGCCCCGCUGGACCACCUCCCGCUCAGCAGGGUGACCACCAUGAGGAAGCGGUUCAGGAACGGCCUUGGGCCCGUGAAGGAAGGGGAAGCCCAGUACGCCGUGGUCCACUGCACGGGCUACAUCAAGGCCUGGCCGCCCGCAGGCAUGACCAUCCCCGAGGAGGACGCCGACGUGGGGCAGGGCAGCAAAUACUGCCUCGUGGCGAUCGGGAGGCUGCAGGUGACCAGCUCGCCCGUGUGCAUGGACAUGAGCGGGGUGUCGGCGCCCACGGAGUUCCUGUCCCGGCACAGCUCCGACGGGACCAUCACCUUCGUGGACCCGAGGUGCAUCAGCGUGAUCGGCUACCAGCCCCAGGACCUGCUGGGAAAGGACAUCCUGGAGUUCUGCCACUCGGAGGACCAGAGCCACCUGCGCGAGAGCUUCCAGCAGGUGGUCAAGCUGAAGGGCCAGGUGCUGUCGGUCAUGUACCGGUUCCGCACCAAGAACCGCGAGUGGCUGCUGAUCCGCACCAGCAGCUUCACCUUCCAGAACCCGUACUCGGACGAGAUCGAGUACGUCAUCUGCACCAACACCAACGUCAAGCAGCUCCAGCAGCAGCAGGCCGAGCUGGAGGUGCACCAGAGGGACGGGCUGUCGUCGUACGACCUCGCUCAGGUGCCUGUGCCCAGCCUGCCGGCCGGCGUGCACGAGGCCGGGAAGCCCGUGGAGAAGGCGGAUGCGAUCUUUUCUCAGGAGAGGGACCCCCGCUUCGCCGAGAUGUUCGCGGGCAUCGGAGCGUCGGAGAAGAAGAUGAUGAGCUCCGCCUCGGCCUCGGGGACCCAGCAGAUCUUCUCCCAAGGGGGCCCGUUCCCCGCCGGACACUCGGGCAAGGCCUUCAGCUCGUCGGUGGUGCACGUGCCCGGUGUGAACGACAUCCAGUCGUCGUCCUCGGCGGGCCAGAACCUGCCCCAGAUCCCCCGGCAGCUGAGCCAGGGCCAGGUGGCCUGGACCGGCAGUCGGCCCCCCUUCCCCGGGCAGUCCAGCAAGGCGCAGUCCUCCCCCUUUGGGAUCGGCUCGAGCCACAGCUACCCGGCCGACCCUGCCUCCUACAGCCCGCUGUCCAGCCCCGCGACCUCCUCGCCCAGCGGGAACGCCUACUCCAGUCUGGCCAGCAGGACCCCGGGGUUCGCUGAGAGCGGGCAGAGCGGCGGGCAGUUCCCCGGGCGGCCCUCGGAAGUGUGGUCGCAGUGGCAGAGCCAGCACCACGGGCAGCAGGGCGGCGAGCAGCACGCGCACCAGCAGCCCGGGCAGAGCGAGGUGUUCCAGGACAUGCUGCCCAUGCCCGGAGACCCGACCCAGGGCACGGGGAACUACAACAUCGAGGACUUCGCCGACCUGGGCAUGUUCCCGCCGUUUUCUGAGUAGCCGCGGACAGGACGGGGCGAGGCCUCCCCUGCGCAGCGCCCCCCAGGCUGUGACGGGGACGCCCACGGGAGUGGGGUCCCCCCUCUCCGCGCUUGCUCUGCCACAGAAGCCCCCCAGCGGGAGGCCCCUCCCCCUCCCCAGAGUGCCCCCGGCACUGCAUCAUCGCUCAGCUCCAACCCGCCCAGCCGCCGACCGGCCCCCUGCCAGACUCCGGGGGGCUGUUGUAUUUAUUGUGUUGAACCUGCGUGUCUUCGGGGGGCACGCCCACCGGGCCCUCCGAGCCUCGUCGUGUGUGAUCUCGUCACGGACGAGUGUCGCCGACGGAGACUCUGGUGACAUGUCCCAGGGCACCCAGGCACCCCCAGCCCCGGCCGCCCAGGAUGCUGGGCCCCGGUGUCUUCUUGCCCCCGUCCUCUGUGGGCGGGUGGGUGUCGCUCGGGCGCCCGCAGCAGAGGCGAGCGGGAGGCACGGCCUGUGUCCCGGGAGCUGGACGCAGAGCCCGGCGGGGGGGCGCAGGUGGACGCGGCUCCUCCGCCCCGGCUCACCGAGCCCGCGUGUGUCUCCGGCACCCUGUGUGGUGUGAUGCGUGUCCCCGCCCCGACGGCCGUGCCGUGCCCGUGUCCGCUGUGCGGGGACAUGGCGGGGGUCUCGAGUGAGCGCGGAUGCGCAGCCCCCUCCCCGUGCGUGGCCCUCGGGCCGGUGCCGGGGUUCCUGCUCCGCGCUCGGCUGGUGAGGGUCGGCCUCGCGCAGCCCAGAGCCCGCAGGGGGUCCCAGGGCCCCCGUGCAGCUGCAUGUGCCAGCGGGGGCGCCCCGGCCGCCUGUCCCAUGCCGCCAGGUGGCGCCCCAGGACUGGCCUCCAGAGGGUGCAGAGUUCUGCUCAGUGACAGUGGGGACCCUUGGAGGGGCGAGCCCUGAGCCCACCCUGUCGGCUGCCCCGGGGGCCCGGUUCCCUUGGGGAGCCCCACCUGCUAGCUGGUCGGGGCGCCCGCAGUGGCAGCCGCUUCUCGAGACCCCGGUUCCUAGACCCCAGACCCGCUCCCGCUGCAGCUCCCAGAGCCGCGUGAUCCCGGCUCGGCGGGGGGCCCGGCUCCGGGGGGGACAAGUGGCGGGAGGAGGGAACUCUGCUCCCCGUCACCCCCAGGCCCGAGGGGCUUCCCUGGGGGUCCAGCCGGACACCCUCGGCCCCGUGGCCCGCCACCGGCCCACAAUAGGCAUAAUUAUUUCCAAAAGAAGCCACAAAAACAGCUUUCGGAUCAAAGAGUGAUCUCUCAGUAAAACAAGAACAGACUGUGGCCUUUAGCCUGUGGGAUGGGAAGCGUCAGGGGCUCUGUGUGUGUUUGUCUUUCUGAUUUUUGGAGGGAGCUCGAGGGGGUUUCUGAGGUGACGCAUGAGGUCGGCCCGCUGGCCGUCCCCGUGUCUGCUGGGCACUGAGGGACAGGGGUGGGGGGGCACGGACGAGGUCUCACUCCCUGGGACCUCGAGUCUCCUCCUCCUCCCCCUUCAGCUCGGCCCAGUGGGUGCAGACCGACUCAGCCCUCGGUCCCGGGAGGCGAGGGCUGGUGGGUGACGGAGAGCCAGGUGCACUUAUUGGUGCCCACAGAGCGGCCGUGUGUUGCCCGGGUCAGCACCGCUGACGGCGUUGGGGCUCCCGCUCGACGAUGCCCCCUGGGGAAGGAGCCCUGGGCUUGUGUGUGUCGGCACCGGAGCUGGGCCGUGGCCAUGGGCACUCACCCGCCAGCCUGCUCACCGCAGGGGCCUGCCCGCUGGCGAGGCCGGGCAGGGUCCCCCACCGCGCUGGGUGGCCACAGGCCACUGUGGAAAUGACCUUUUUGGACCAGCCAACACGGGUUUGCUCGUGAGGGUGCUGGGCCUGCCCCCUGCACCCAACCCUUGUCUCCUGUCCAAGGGGGCCACCUGCUGUCCCCACUUCCCCUGCUGCCCGUGGCCCGAGGCAGCGAGAAGAGGCCCCUUUCCCGUGGGCCGGGGCUCGCGGCCAGAGCUGGUUUUGUGGCCGAGCCCCGGGCUGGGGCCCGCGGGGAGCCUGCCGCCCGUGCAGGUGGCCGGAGCCGGACAAGCCUCCCUUCCCCCGUGGGCGGUGUGAGCGCGCGAUCGCCGCUCCGCCCGCCUUUUUCCUUCCGGAUGUGCCCUGUGCCGUGGACCAACCCUCGUCUGUACCCCCUGAGCGUUCUCGCUGACUAACGGUUGUCGCGUCGGUUGUGUGUCUGUGGAACUCGUGUAACGGCCUCUUAACGAUUUCGUUGCAGUAAAAACAACUUUGC